GGUGCUGUAGUUCCACUGAAUCGCCACCAUCAGGCAAUGUAGCUCCUCGUCUGGCUGUGACAGUCGACCUGCUCUGACUCACUGAGAGAAAAACUUCUCCCUCUCUUUCCAGCACUUUCUGGUUUUCUCUUCUUGACACUCUGUUCAUCCGACCGAGAACGUCCUAUCCCGAACCCGCCGAGGAAAUCUUCUGUGCUUCACUUUAUCUCUUCCUGCUCUGAUCUGGGGCUGUAGACUGAGGUUGGACUUAAAGGAUUCUUAACUUUUCCUUUUCUUCUUUUUACCCUCCCUGGCAUUGUCCAUGAGUGUGUUUGAGUGUCCGUGAGUCAGUAUGCCAUGUCGUCCCCUGGCUCGUCGUUUGUACAGAUAAAGCAUGAGGAUUUGCUUUUUUAUGAAAACUGUGGAGGAGGCAGCUUUGGGAGUGUCUACAGGGCCCUCUGGUUAUCCCAAGACAAGGAGGUGGCUGUGAAAAAGCUUCUCAAGAUCGACAAAGAGGCUGAGAUUCUCAGUGUACUGAGUCAUAAGAACAUCAUUCAGUUUUAUGGAGCUGUGCUGGAACCUCCCAACUAUGGCAUCGUCACAGAAUAUGCGAGUGGAGGGUCUCUGUAUGAUUACAUUUCCAGUGAGCAGAGUGAAGAAAUGGACAUGGAGCAAAUCAUGACAUGGGCCAUUCAAAUAGCCAAAGGGAUGCAUUACCUCCACGCAGAAGCUCCAGUCAAAGUGAUACACAGAGACCUCAAAUCACGAAAUGUGGUAAUGACUGCAGAUAAAGUGCUAAAGAUAUGUGACUUUGGAGCCUCUAAGUUUCUAUCUCACACCACCCAUAUGACUGUGGUGGGCACUUUUCCCUGGAUGGCUCCUGAGGUUAUUCAGAGUCUACCCGUCUCUGAGACCUGUGACACCUACUCAUACGGUGUGGUGCUAUGGGAGAUGCUGACUCGGGAGGUUCCUUUCAAAGGUUUCGAGGGGCUUCAGGUUGCGUGGCUGGUGGUGGAAAAGCAAGAGAGGCUAACCAUCCCCACCAGCUGCCCGGCAAGUUUUGCAGAGUUGAUGCGGAAAUGUUGGCAAGCAGAUCCAAAGGAGCGACCGCAAUUCAAGCAGGUGCUGCUAACCUUGGAGUCCAUGGCGAACGACAGCAGGCUGCCAGACCAGUGCAACUCCUUCCUUCAUAACAAGGACCAGUGGAGAUGUGAAAUUGAAUCAACCCUUGAACGCCUCCGGAAGCUGGAGAGGGAGCUGUACUCCAAAGAGAAGGAGCUGGAGGAGAGAGAGAGGAGGCUCAAACUGUGGGAGGAGAGGCUGAUGGAGAGGUCCAACAUGACUCCCAGUCCGACCUCUUUACUCAUGGACCGCUCAAACAUUUCCCCGUUCUUCACACCAAUGUCCAUCGGUUCCUCUGGCUCCUUCUUCCGCUCACACUCCCAGGACUCAAACAGCGCCAGCCUCAGCAGCGCAGGGGUCAGUAGCGCCGGUGUCAGCUGUCUCCUCCGCACACUCAGCAACGGAGACACAGAACGAGGGAGCAGUGCUGUUAUGGAGAGGGGCUUGGGUUCUCUCGACAGUGGCAGGCUGCACGUCAUGCUUCGAGGGUUACAGGGAAGGUUCGAAGAAGACAGGGAAGACGAAGGUACUAUUAAGGAGAAAGAUUGGGGCAAUAAGGAACAAAAUGAUAGCGGAAGUAUGGAGGGGGGGAGGGUGCAGGUAACACUCAGGAGCUUCCCGGGAGGCGUCGUCGAGAGGGAGGAGAGAACCUGGGAAGAAGGGGACAGGGAGCGAGGCGGCAUGCAGAGAAGCAGAGUGACCACGAUAGUUCGAGGGUAUUCGGGAGGAUUCGGCGAAACAGAGGAGCAGGGUGAGAAAGAUGGGGGGUGGGAAAUAGAAAAAUUAGGGGAUAAAUUAGAGGAGAGAGGGGUGGAGGGAGGGAUUGAGGGAAGCAGGCUGCCAUCCAUGUUUAAGGGUCUCCGAGGGAGUUUUGGUAGCUUGGGGGACAUGCUGUCCUUAGAUAUGGAUGAGAUGGGGGAGAUGGACAGACUUGGCGACAUGGACAUGAAUGUGAACAUAGGUGACCUGGGAGUGAUGAAGGUGAGUGGUCAGGGCAUCAGGAGCGAAGUGGGCGUCAGAGGUCACAGGAGUGACAUGGGGGUUGUGGUCCAGGGUGUCAGGGGUGACCUCAGCGAGGCCAUCACCCAGAAGAUAAGAGGCGAAGUCGGGGUUGUCGGUCGCUCCGGGAUGCAGGUGAGCAUGCGGGCAUCUUCCAAUCAGAACUCUGUGAAGAGCUGCAGCAUGCGACAUGGAACAAAGAUCAACAUGGCGACCUCCGCCAUGGACAUGAUGGAGCUCGACUGGUCCGACAGUGACUAGGAAACACAUUGGUGCACGCGGUCACGGCAAGGAGAAAUGGAAAAAUGGUUUAACUUGUUCACACAAACAGCAUGUGACCUGCAGGUUGUGUCACAGCCUUCAGAUGAGGCAGAUACAAAUCAUUUUUAAUGAACUUUAAUAAUGCACCCAUGUGUUUCAGGAGAAAGUACAGCAAUCCAAGCCCCUUUCAGACAUCAGCUUUUUAACAUAACGACUGCAACAACAAUGGCGGUCAGUUUUUCAAAGGCCACUUUUACAUGUCUCAUAUCUCCUAUACAUGCAAAUUCAUUCAUUAUAGAGAUUAAAUCAGCCGUUGACAAGAAUUUUGAUUCCAGCUGCAAGUAUGUUUGAUUUUCAGCUUAACUGGUUUGACCAGUCAGACUGAAUGCACCUUGCAUAACACCUGGUGUAUACCUACUGUUUAUGUCUUCAUAAACGGUGUCUCACCGCAGAAGCGCACACAUUGUCUGUUGAGCGACUGUUCUGUCGUUUCAGCCAAUCACACAUUUCAAAUUUUGCAACAGGUCCUGCACAGUGGGAGUGGUGCUAACCAAACAGGAAGAACUUCGAGAAGGCACAUUCAAUUUUACAAUGAUAUGCUCAGUUUGCAAAGUGUCACAUUGACUUAUAGAAACAGCUAAAAUGUUAAAUGUUAAACACUUAUAAAGUCAAGCUUUGUAGUUGGAAGUCUUCAUACCAAGGAAUGCACUCGCUCUAUAGAUUCGUCUUCUGCAAACAUUUGCUGAACGCCUGCAGAUUUGAUCUGCAGUGACAUCCAUUGCUUGAAAUAGGUACUGCAGUAAAUGCCUAAAGAAAGGGUUAAAAAAAAGUCAAACGGACAUUCUUUACACCUAAACUCUUUUGUGAUGCUUAAUAUAUCAAGAUCGUUGCAACAUAAACUCUCUUUGGAGUGGAUGCUGUUCCUGUGGAAAUCAAGACACAAAGUUAGCAAUUUGUGGAUCAGAAGACGAGCCUUUUUAAAACGAGUCAGAGGAAGCACAAAAUAUAGAACAGGUUCCUAGACAGGAAACUAUUUUCAAAGACACUGAGACAUGUCUGCAGUUCUUUCACACUCCAAGACUUGUACCAGAUAAAAGGAACAAGGCCUUUACUUUCGGAAAGAAUAUGUUUUCAAGAUGGGUAAAAGUGACCUUUGUGCUUAUUCUGAUAUGUUCUGUUAGCAUCAGAUAAACACAAACAAGCGUGUCUGAAAGGGGCGAAGUGUGCUGUCCCGACAAGUUCUCAGACUGACUUCACCUGUGUAAUUUAAAUAACUUUUAAACUGCUGCCUAACAUACUGUAAGAGGUACAACAAGUGUGACAAAACGAUGCACUUGAAUGCCACACUAAUAAGGCAGCACUGUCGUUUUUUUCUCCUCCUGCUUUCAAGGUAUUUUGUAGUUUGUGGAUUUCGUUUGUUAAACAUGCUUAGACUUCAUCAGUUCUAACUGUGAUCUAGUGUGAGAAUUUUUGGCAUUUUUUCCCCUCUGUAUAUUGUAUCAUUUUUCAAUAAAAAGAAAAUAUGUUUGA